CAACGAAAUCUGGCUUCACUUCCGGUAGACCGGCGCGUUGGUCCUUGCUAUUGGCUCUUUUCUUCACUUCCCAUAAAACCCUGCGUUGUCAUUUCCUUUUCCCUUUCAGCCAUUUUCCGCUAAGGACGGAGUGAACAACCAUGGCUCCCAGCCGGAAUGGCAUGAUUUUAAACCCUCACUUUCAUAAAGACUGGCAGAAGAGAGUGCGCACCUGGUUCAACCAGCCUGCCAGAAAGCUCCGCAGACGCAAGGCCCGUCUGGCAAAGGCUCGCCGCAUUGCUCCAAGACCAGUUUCUGGACCUCUCCGACCAGCAGUCAGGUGUCCAACCAUCCGGUAUCACAACAAGGUCCGUGCCGGACGUGGUUUCUCCCUGGAGGAGUUGAAGGCAGCAGGAAUCAACAAAAAGGUGGCCCGCACCAUUGGCAUCGCCGUUGACCCUCGUCGGCGUAACCGAUCCACAGAGUCUCUGCAGACCAAUGUUCAGAGGCUGAAGGUGUACCGCUCCAAACUCAUCCUCUUCCCGAAGAAGGCUUCUGCACCCAAGAAGGGAGACAGCACUGAGGAGGAGCUUAAGAUGGCUACACAACUCACUGGACCUGUCAUGCCAAUCAGAAACGUGUACAAGAAAGAGAAGGCCCGCGUAAUCUCAGAGGACGAAAAGAACUUCAAGGCCUUUGCCAGUCUGCGUAUGGCCCGCGCCAAUGCCCGUCUGUUCGGCAUUCGUGCCAAGAGGGCAAAGGAGGCCGCCGAGCAGGAUGUCGAAAAGAAGAAAUAAACGUUAAUUUGUAAGAAACUGUCAAAAAGAAAUAAAUGUCUAAAAAAAAAUCUUUUGUCUUUGGAGUCAUUUCUUGGAAAACCUUUAUACUGUGUGGACUUCUAUUGUCUGGUUUGUAAAGGAUGUCAGUGUGAUGUUUGAAAUGGCACUUGAUUCUCAAUCUCAAGUGACUUUUUAUUUGGAAAUACUUCCCAGCAUUGCGAAAGUCAUCUGCUUGUUUUCUGCUGAGCAGACGCUGAUGAAAUGUACAAAAUGAAUUUCACAAAAGUAUCUUACAAAUACAGUAGUGGCCAAAAGUGA